AUGGCAGUGGGCUUUGGCUCGUCAUCUUCGGGGCAGUACUUCAAGAUCAAAACUCGGGGCAAAGGAAUGUGCAAUGUUGCCGAAGGCAUCAGCUACCCCCAACUUGGCGGCCAUCCCCAACAAGUAACCCCCGGCAAGCCUAUAGCACCAGCCCAUCGAACAACGACACGAAAACCCCGAGUCCCCGUUCACACCCAAACCGACUCGGAAACCGAGCUCCCAUAA